UGUGAAAAUUCCACCUGAACAGACAUACAUGCCCCACUCUACCAGAAAACUCGGUCGUCGUUCUCAUUCCUCGCCUGCCUCCAAAUGCCUCCAUCACCAUCACGAACCUUCCCUCCAUAACUGACUCUAUUCCACUCCUCUAUCUAUACACACCCAUAUCUGUUUGUAUCACCUUUGAUUCGAGAAUGCUGUUUUGAUCAAUGGGUCUCUCUCUCUUCUCCGUGAUCUGCCUCCUCCACUCGCUCAUCGCCGUCUCCACCGGGGCCCUAAUGAUGUUCUACGUGAAGGAGAUCUACACCCUCUCGCACGGGACCGAGGCCGCCGCCAAGCUCCUCGGAUCUACUCCUCACGACCAGCUCCUCAUCCGGACCUCCGAUUCCUUCUCCGGGCUACUUCUUUUCGCAAUCGGCUUCCUCCUGUUCAUGGUCGCAUUCGUCAGGGACAGAGACUUCCACGUGUUCUUCGCCAAGGGGUGCGUUGCCCUCCACGUGUCCAUGGCAAUCUGGAGGUUUAACUUUGAAAGGAGGGUCGAAGAUUUAGCUUGGGAUUGGCUGAGGCAAAUCGUUGGUGAUAUCUUGCUUGCUCUUUCAUGGGUUUUCUUUCUUGUUUACUCUUGGAAAGUUAAAUAUGACUGAUUCCUUUAAUAAUCAGCGUGUGCAAUACAUGCAUAUCACAUAUGUGAGACGGGUGUGGUCGAUAGGUGUGUACCUAUUGUAUUUUCUUGUGUGUAUAUGCUGUGUUAGAUGGACUUGGGUAUGACAUGUGUUUAAGUGUCGGACACAUUUAAUUCUAUGUCAAGGGCACUUGACACAUUGGAAAAAAUGCUAGGAGUAUUUUUUGUA